AGCGGUAACGGGAGGACGCGUAGACAGAGCAUCUGUACAAAACGAUGAAGGUUAAGUCAGACGUAGCGGAUUUAGCUUAAAAUUCAGGAAAAAGAAGCGCAGUCUUCAUCAUGUAUGGUUUUGUGAAUCACGCCUUGGAGCUCCUCGUUUUAAGGAAUUAUGGGCCGGAAGUGUGGGAAGACAUCAAGCGGGAGGCUCAGCUCGACAUUGAAGGUCAGUUCCUCGUUAGAAUCAUAUACGAAGAUGCCAAAACAUAUGAUCUUGUUGCUGCUGCAAGUAAAGUUCUGAAGAUCAACGCAGGAGAUAUCUUGCAAAUGUUCGGGAAGAUGUUUUUUGAGUUUUGCCAAGAGUCUGGCUAUGACACCAUCCUGCGAGUAUUGGGAUCCAAUGUUCGUGAAUUCCUGCAGAAUCUGGAUGCUCUGCAUGACCACCUGGGUACCAUUUAUCCCGGGAUGAGGGCUCCCUCGUUCCGUUGCACUGAUGCAGAAAAGGGAAAUAAUCUAAUUCUCCACUAUUACUCAGAGAGGGAAGGCCUGCAAGACAUCGUGAUCGGCAUCAUUAAAACUGUCGCUCAGCAGAUCCAUGGAACAGAGAUAGAGAUGAAGAUGAUCCAACCAAAAAGUGAAGAAUGUGAUCACAUCAAGUUCUUGAUUGAGGAGAAGGACUCAGAGGAAGAGGCGUUCUACGAGGAUCUGGAUGGUUUUGAAGAGAACGGCACUCAGGAGACUCGGAUCAGCCCUUACACGUUUUGCAAAGCUUUCCCAUUUCACCUGAUGUUUGACAAGGACUUGAUGCUCACACAAUGUGGAAAUGCAAUCUAUCGCAUUCUGCCACAGCUCCAGCCUGGGACCUGUAUCCUCCCUUCAGUAUUUUCUUUGGUUCGUCCUCACAUUGACUUCAGUUUUCAUGGCAUCCUUUCCCACAUCAACACAGUCUUCGUUCUGCGGAGCAAGGAGGGCCUGCUGAAUGUGGAGACUGUGGAGAAUGAGGACGAACUGACGGGGGUGGAGAUCAGCUGUCUGAGAUUGAAGGGACAGAUGAUUUACUUGCCCGAGGCGGAGAACAUCCUUUUCCUUUGCUCACCCAGUGUUAUGAACCUGGAUGAUCUCACGCGAAGGGGGCUGUACCUGAGCGAUAUCCCACUACAUGACGCCACACGAGACCUGGUGUUGCUGGGUGAGCAGUUUCGCGAGGAGUACAAACUGACCCAGGAGCUGGAAAUCCUGACAGAUCGUCUGCAGCACACACUGCGAGCUCUGGAGGAUGAGAAAAAGAAGACUGACAGAUUGCUCUAUUCUGUUCUGCCGCCGUCUGUUGCCAAUGAACUGCGACAUAAGCGGCCUGUCCCAGCUAAGCGCUAUGACAACGUGACCAUCCUCUUCAGUGGCAUAGUUGGAUUUAAUGCCUUCUGCAGCAAGCAUGCCUCAGCAGAGGGAGCCAUCAAGAUAGUCAACCUGCUCAAUGAUGUUUACACUCGUUUUGACAUCUUGACAGACUCUCGGAAAAACCCUUAUGUAUACAAGGUGGAAACUGUGGGUGAUAAGUACAUGACGGUGAGUGGCCUGCCAGAGCCAUGUACGCACCACGCCAAGUCAAUCUGCCACCUCGCUCUGGAUAUGAUGGAGAUUGCCGGGCAAGUCAAAGUGGAUGAUGAGCCAGUACAGAUUACUAUUGGUAUUCACACCGGAGAAGUGGUGACUGGAGUGAUUGGCCAAAGGAUGCCCAGAUACUGCCUUUUUGGAAAUACUGUCAAUCUCACAAGUCGUACAGAAACGACUGGUGAAAAAGGAAAAAUAAAUGUCUCUGAAUAUACUUACCGGUGUUUGCAGUCCGCUGAGAACGCUGACCCACAGUUUCAUCUGGAAUACCGAGGCCCCAUCUCCAUGAAAGGAAAGAAGGAACCCAUGAAGGUGUGGUUUCUGUCCAGGAAGCCCACGGAUGCAGUCAGCCACAGUUAAGGCUUAAUUUAGAGACAACCCUACAACUAAAGUCCAAAGGGAAGCUUUAGUGUGGUUCUGUCUGGUGACAUUUUCUUUUUCUUUGCUGAUUUUGCAAUGAGAUGGAUCAGGUGAAAUAAAAAAUGAUAAUCUAUCAGAUGAGCAGAUAUUUUUAAUACGGUAAGUUGACCUGAUCCAAUGCUUUUCCUUCCCGACCAUCGCCUGUUAUGGCCGCACCAUUUUUUUAUAGAGUAAACACAAAGUUAAAUGUUUCAUGAAUAGUUGAGCAGAGUGACUCAUUAAUAUUUUAUACAUGCUUUUGACAAGAAAAAUAAUAAUAACACUUCAACUUCGUUUUUUUAGUUGGUGAUUUUCUCAUGUACUUUUCUCAGUCAUUCAGUCUACCAAAAAAAAAAAACAAAAAAGAAAAAUACAACUCUGUUACUCUUUAUUUAAAUACAUUCUUCAUCAUUAUAAUUUUUUGGUAAUAAAUAGUUCUGAAAUUGAAGAUUUGAUUAUAAAAUGUGUGAAUACAGGUGGUUUGAGGAGAGUUUUCAUUACUGUAUCUGUACAAAACUAAAAUGUGGCUUGAUGUUUGUAACAUUUACGUUAUUUUUAUUAACAGAGAUUCUUUUUCAUAGAUGUGAUAGAUAAUUAGCUUAACACUAGAUAAUGAAACACUGGUAUUUUCAAUGUUGAAAUCAACUACAUCAGCCUUCAACCUUUGUGCCAGUUCCCUAUGGUGUUUUUGCAGAUUAUUUUAGACUUAUAGAGUUUAGAAAUGAGAAUUCAGAUGUCAAAGCUGUUGUAUUUAUAUAGAUUUAUAACUCCAUGUUCAUCACUUCUGAGGCACAAACAAUUCUUUGCUAACUUUGAUAUCUUACAUUCAC